ACAAUUGUCAAUCAUUAUUAGAUUGAUCUUUUUAUAAUCGAUUUUAAGUUAAAAUAGUUUAAUUUUGUCAAAAAGAAAACAUUAUGUUUUGUUCUCGUCAACUGAUUAAAUGGUAUGGUACUCUUACGAGUAGCAGCUUAAAACAAAAGUCUGGAAGGUUUGCAUUUCCGGAACGUUUUCGCGGUACAAUUGUUGAACGCUGGAAAACGUAUUGGGAAAGCGUAGCCAAAGAUUACUACGAAUCCACAUUAGGUGUCGGUACUUAUAUCAAAGAAAAUCCUAUCAAAAGUGUUUUGGCCAGUACACUAGGAGGCUGUGUAUAUUAUUGUGUAUCCAAUAAUCCCGAUGAAAAUAGUUUCAGAUCUGAACUUCUGGAAUGUGCAAAUUCAAUGUUGUAUAUUUCACCUACAAUACGUAAUCCAAAUACUGUACAGCGUUUGGAAUAUUUGGAAAAAUGUUAUAACAUGGGCAUUGUUAAAAGGUUUGACCUAUUGCUGUUUUCAGUUAUCUGGAUCGACGAGUUCAAUAACGACAUUCAAUUGUUCAAAGCAAACUGUUCCUACAUAAAACCAACAAUACUGCAAAUUCCUCAACGAGCCAUAGAUAUUGGUUUUUUGGGCAAAUGGUGGCAUCUCAAACAAAUCAUGGUCGAUUAUGACAUAAAUCCCGACGAAUGGAAAAAUAUUGAAGAACAAGUGUAAUUUUUUAUUAACCCUGUUUAUGUUUGAUUUCACUCAUUUCUUUGCUUAUUUCUGUGUAAUCUUGUAAAAUACCUGAAUAAGAACGAUUCCCCUCUUCGAUUUAUUUACUGAAUUGAUUUAUAACAUAUGGUUUUCUGCUCAUUUUUUUUUUAAUUUAAUAUUGUACCAUACAAAUUUAAAAAGGUUAAUUUACUGUACAUUAGUUAUGAUGGAAUGUAAAUAUACAUCCAAAAUUACAUAUGCUCAUAUGGACAAAAAAAAAACCAUUGUUAUAAAUGCAUUUAGAACAAAACGAUGACAAUCAUUUAGUGUGCAA